CACCGUAUCAGGCUGGAAAUUAGGCUAUGCUAAGCUAGUUAACAAAGGGUUACUCAAACUUUGAUUUGUUUUUUUUGUUUUUUUUGUACAGAGUUAUGUUUAUAUAUGGGAUACAAGCUGCAACUUAACUUCAGUUGAAUACAGUAGUAAUUUAUAUCUGCUUCCGUACGUUUGCUGGCGCGCAGCCAGGGACCUUUACCCCAAAGACUUUGGGUAAGACAUUUAAGCAGUUAGCGUCAGUUAGCUCCAGGCUAACGUCAGUCACCUGAGCAGCAGGUGAAGUGAGCCAGCUCUCUCUGUCCACUGCAGCUUUAUUGAUCUCUAAAGACUCUGGACUCUGCAACCUGCAAACCCGCGAUGUUGUCAGUCAUUGUCAGGUCAGCUCUCACGAAAUACAGGGGGUUGAGGUUGCCAAGUCAGUCUGUGGUCAGGGCCAUGUCGUCGUCAGGUGGUCCCGCCUCUGCUUACACCACCCUGGCCAUCAGUCACCCAGCAGAGUCCAUCACACAUGUGGAGCUUCACCGCCCUGAGAAACUCAACGCCAUGAACAAAGCUUUCUGGAGUGAGAUGGUGGACUGCUUUAAUGAGAUAGCAGGAGACCCAGACUGCAGAGUGGUGGUGGUUUCUGGAGCAGGAAAGAUCUUCACAGCUGGUAUUGACCUGAUGGACAUGGCCAGCGACGUACUCCAGCCACAGGGCGACGACACAGCCAGAAUUUCCUGGAACCUCAGACAAAAGAUCACCAAGUAUCAGGAGACAUUUUCCGUCAUAGAGAAGUGUCCAAAGCCUGUUGUGGUGGCCGUCCAUGGAGCCUGUAUUGGAGGAGGUGUUGACCUGAUUACAGCCUGUGACAUCCGUCUGUGUACCCAGGACACCUGGUUCCAGGUAAAGGAAGUUGAUAUUGGACUUGCAGCAGAUGUUGGGACUCUCCAAAGACUUCCUAAAGUCAUCGGCAGCCGCAGCUUAGUGAAUGAGUUGGCUCUGACUGCCAGGAAGAUGUAUGCAGAUGAGGCCAAGAGCAGCGGGCUGGUGAGCCGAGUUUUUCCAGAUAAGGAGGCCAUGAUUACUGGAGCUCUGGAGAUGGCCGGGGAGAUUGCUGGCCGCAGCCCCGUAGCUGUGCAGGGCACCAAAAUCAACCUCAUCUAUGCCAGAGACCACAGUGUGGCAGAGGGCCUGGACUACAUGGCCACGUGGAACAUGAGCAUGCUUCAAACUCAAGAUGUGAUGAAAUCAGCUCAGGCUGCCAUGGAGAAGAAGAGUCCAAAGACGAUAGCUUUCUCCAAACUCUAAACCUCAGCGAGGCAAAGUUCAGAUAGAACAAAAAAGUGCUGUUAUAUUCCUCCAUCGUAGCCUUUACGUGGGAAUGAGAACCAUGUGUGAUCUUCUGUCUGUCCUACACUGAGCUUGUAACACCAAAACUAAAACUGUCUGUGGCCAUUUGGGGGAUGAUGUGACAAGACUUUAAGAGAUGUUGUAAAUAUCAUGAGAGCUUAUGGGAUUUGUUCCCAAAGAUCUGCAUUAUUUUUUGGGUGGAGUACCCUCUGAAACAGCAUUUUGAUAACAGGAUACUGUACUCUCCAUUUACCCUGAGGAAUUAAAACAUCAUUUGUACAUGGAAUCAGAAUUAUAACUUCAGGUUAACAUCUUCCCACAGAUGACAAGUGAUCUCUUAUAAACUGUAAUAUCAGAAAUGGAUGACAUUAACAGAUAUGAAUUUAACUUUAUUCCAUCUGCAGGAUGGAUUCUUGGAACAGAGGACUAAGCUAAAUCUAAAGUGACCUCACUUAUUCUUCAGUGUGGAACAAUUUGCCUAAAGCUGUGGACUUGUUCUCAGUUUGUUGUAUAAACAGGUCAGCUUUGUAUCUGUAAAUGACUUCAUGAAUGUUUAAUCUUAAUAAAAAAACUCAUCUGAAAGUUAA